UUUGUUCAGGAUACAGGCAAUGGCCAAUGGGAAUAUUAUGUAAUUAAAUGUGGAGAAUAAAAUAGGAAUCAAUCAAACUGCAGGACAAAUCUUUCCGCACCUCUUGAAGAAUAAACAAGUCAGCUGUGAAAUAAGGUUAACAGCGGACUCCAGAAAACUAUUGGUUUUACCUUCCUCCUCAUUGAAAGAAUAACUCUUGAUCUAACUGAAAGUUCGUGAUCUGACUAAAUUAUCGUGAUCUGAUCAACAGUCACGUGACCUCACCCGAAGAUGUGGUUAUGGGGUACGACUAUCGACCGGGCGGUCAGUGCUGCCUCUCAAGGCUCCAUGUACGCCAAGUUUGAGGAGUCCGAGAAGGAGAAAGCCGCCAAACCUAAGCCAAGUCCGUGGGUAACCAUUGGUAAUGUAGCCGCUGAAGUUCCCAUGAGUUCUGCAGGUUUGCCUGUCACUGGAGCAGCUGCAAAUGCGGAAGGAAUACCGGGGUUCGACUUCGACGUCAUGACUCAAAAACCAUUCAGAAGAAACGAUCUCGUAGACGAUGAUAAGGAAAAGAAAAUAUCUGAGGAUAGGCCAAUGUGGACGAAUCGUCUGGAGUUUAUUUUGGCAUCAAUGGCUGCUAUUUGGGGUAUAGGAAACAUGGGCAGCUUUAUAUACGCUAUGCAGGAAUUCGGAGGAGGAGCGUUUUUGAUCCCCUACUUUAUAUUCUACAUGAUGUUUUCUCUCCCUACCCUAAUCAUGGAGAUGUUAAUUGGUCAGGUGUACCGCAGGGGAGUGAUUGUUACCAUGGAGCGGAUACACAAGUACUUCUCUGGCGUCGGAAAAUCUAUACUGUUUGUCACGAUAAUCUACAACAUCUACUUUAACACCACCACCGCUUGGACCCUCUACUUCGCCUUUAAGGGUAUGUGGGCAGCUAUAGAUGUUAGUGGAAGCUACCCGGGACAUGGUACUUGCGAGGAGAAGGGCUGGACUGGUAGUGAGCUCAGUUGCUGCAAGAGUUCAAAUACUUUAUUCCACUGGUAUUAUGAGUUCCUGCACAUAUCAAAGGGACCCUUGGACCUUGGGGAUUUUAAAUGGUAUACGACGUAUGACAAGUUUUGGCCAUUUAUCGUCAUCAUCUUCGCUUGGUUCCUCAUUGGAGCCUUCAUGUGUAGUGGACUCUGGGUGAAAGGAAAGUUCCCUUACAUCUCUCUGGUAAUACCUCUGGUGGUGUUCCUGGGACUGUUUGCUAAGUCCCUCGCCACCUGGAACCUUGAUGCCAAUAAUGUAGACGAGCCUGUUGCAAAGUUACUGGAGAUAUUUCAACCAGAUUUUGCCAAGUUACUGGACGCUUCAACGUGGAUGAACGCCGCGACCCAGGCGUUCCGUGUGUCCCUGUGUGGUCUGGGCGUGUUCAGUACUUACUCUGGGUACGCUAAUCCUCAAUACAACCUCGUUAAGGAUGGCAUCCUCAUAUCAGUUUGGGGAAUGUUGGCUCCCCUUGUGACCACCCUCCUCCUUAUCCCUGUUGCUAGUUACUACACUGUCGCCGACGAUUUGAAGUCCCUUAAAGAGUUGCCGACAGAUUUCAGUUUGGUAUUCGUGAUCAUACCCACUGUUAUUCAAAAUCUGGAGGACGAAGUCACUGGAAAAACCUUCGGCAGCAUAGCGGUUGCAGUAUACUUUGUGACCCUGUUGACACUGACUAUGGUCACUGCUCUUGCUAUUGGUGAAGUAGUUCUAACCACCCUGAUGGAUAUUGAGUUCCCCAACAAGUUCUUCCCUUACGAGAUACCAGCUAAACGUAUCACCCUUUCAAUUGUGUAUUCCGUGCUGUCCUGUAUUAUCGGACUACUGUUUGGGCUACAGAACGGAGCCUAUCUGUUUGAAGUUCUGGAUCAGGUUAUCUACCCCAUACCUUCCAUGUUCAUAGCCUGUGCAGAGGUCUUCGCUAUUGCCUGGAUUUACAGUAUAUACAGGUUUAAUGACGAUGUUUGGUUAAAGUGUGGUUAUCAGAUACCCAUUCUGUGGCAACAAUACUUCUCCUGGGUGCUUCCUCCAGGACUUUUUGCUACCUUUAUAUCAGAAGUGUAUCUACAGUUUAACAAGAGUAUAGUAUAUCCGGAGUAUACUACCGGCAAUGGUACCCAGAGUAAACAGUUUGUUAACUACGGUUAUCCCGCACUGGUUGACUGCAAUGUUUCUCCGGAUUUCAGACAGCGAACAGAAUGGCCUGCUUUCAUCCUCUUCAUACAAUGGGCCCUCAUUAUAUUCUGCGCCUUGUGGCCGAUAUGGUCCAGUCUGACAUACAAUGCUCAAACGAGGGAAAAUUGGAGGGUCUACAAACACAAACGAAAAUAUCCUCUGGGAAUAAUCUACCCAGUAGAUAACAGGGGUGAGUGGGCGUUUCCUCAAGCCUACGUCAUAGCCCAAUCUGGAGCGGCUAUCGGAGUGGGAAUUAUAACAAGAUUCGCUUACAAGUACUACGCCUUCGGAAAAUAUGUGUUCGUGAUACAAUGCUUUAUAGUGCAUUUGUUAAUGUCCCUACCAGCCUUUAUCCUGGAGAUAGAUCUUGGUCAGGUGUUCCGGUCGGGUCCCAUCUCUGUGUGGAAGAAAGUUCAUCCGUCCUUCGCCGGGGUGGGGUGGUGUUGUUUGUUUAUAAACUUGUUUCAAGCGGUGAACUACAUGUAUCCAACAAUACAGAUCAUUGAUUAUAUAUUGCAAUUAAUAAACAAGAUGUUCCUUGGAAAAUAUAGUGGACUCAAUUAUUUAGUCUCCACAGCAAUCUCUGACUACGGUAGCGACCCCGUGGCUAAUCCUCUACCAUCCUUCAUAGCUCUUGAAGCUCAAAACAAUUUCCCUUGGAACAACUGUCUCUACCAGUUGUGCGACAUGACUAUACUCCCUAAACUCAACAUAGACUGUGGAACCUCCAGUGACUCUGUUAUAAACCUGGCUAACGGUUCUUAUGAGAUUACUGAUCUGAAUGUUUUGUGGGAAAUGGUACCGGACAUGUGCAAAUAUGCUCCUCCAAUAUACCAGUUCCAGGCUGUCAAACUUAACUACACAGGAUCCCUCAAUGAAACUGAGUUAUACAACUCGUUCAGCAAGGAUUAUGAAAGUGCUACUGAUGUCUUCAAAGAGAUUAAAAGACUCUUCAUUGAUGAUGCUGACUCCCAGAACAGAUACUUUUGCAUCGGAACCUUCGUCUUCAUUGCGUGCAUCACCGCCAUCAAGCCAUCUCUCCGUCAUAUCUUGUUCGGAAUCCAGUACAUCAUACCACUAUUUGGAAUCGUCAUUGGCAGUGUUUACAUUGCUCUUAGAGGUGGUGCUAAUCAGAAGCUGGUGGACAUGUUGUUCAAGUUGAACAUUCCUGAGGGUGAGACUUUCUCAGAUCACGUGACACACCUCUUAUCUGAACCGUCCAACUGGGCUGAAGCAGGUGUGGUGACGAUGACCUUCCACGCGAUUGGGACCGGUGUCAACAUUGCUUUCUCUUCCUAUAAUCCACGGGACAACUGGGUUAACUUGCAAGGGAUGGUGAUCACGUGCUACGCGUGGUUAGGGAACUUCAUGUUCAUGUUGUUCUACUUCUUAAAUGUAGUUUACAUGGCGGAGAAAACUUCAGAUCCCGUCCAACGGAAGAUCUACGGUCUGGAAGGAAGACUGGUAUCCAAUAUAGACAAUAUCAUGGAUAGGGGUCACGGAGGUUCGUAUCUGUUCAUGGCAACGUUAGCAGACUCUCUGUCUUACCACAAACACACAAUGUUUGUCCUCCCUCUAAUGCUCCUGUGUGUACUCCUCAACAGUAUCGGCUCUAUCCAGGCAAUUGUUGAAACUAUGGCAACCUCCGUUUACGGUGCCGGAUUCUUCCCCUUCUCCAGAAUACCCUCCUGUUUCCUUGUUGCUGCCCUCUGUGCUCUCCUAUCUCAGGUGUACGCUCUGAACUCUGGAUUUGGAUUCUUCAUGUACCAGAUAUUUGAGAGAUUUGUGUACGGCUGGCCUGUACCUAUCUUAUCUGCGAUCAUGGUGAUAGCAGGAACGUGGGUAUACAGCAUGUACCGGCUAAAUAACGCCAUGUUUAUGUACAGCAUGCACCAUCUCCACUACUACUGGAUGUUUGUGUGGCCUUUCAUCACUCCCAUGGGAAUGAUUGGAAUGGCAGGGUUCAGAGGGUAUCUAGAAUACAGCAAGCUGCUAGAUAACAAGUUACCUUACCUAGGAUCACAAUCUAGGGAUUACACUGUCUCCCCAGCAGACGCUAAUAACACCGAGGUGAUGAAGUUAUAUCUAGUAGAGGCGUACUGGCCAGAGCCCAUCCUUUAUGUUUCCUGUGCAAUCUACAUCAUGUACCUUGCUCCAUUCAUCUUUACUUUCACUCUUGUGGGUAUUGUGAACUGUAUCAGAGACUUCCCUUGUAAACCUAUGUGCUAUGACUUCUACGUGGAACCAGAGGAGGAAGUGGAAGAGGAAGGGUUGGUGAUAUCAAACAUUGUACAAACACCUCGACAAGCUCUGGAAGCUAAUGAUGAUGAUAAUGUCAGUAUCGGGGGAAUGUCAGUAAAGUUCUCCGAUAUUGACUCUGAACUUACCCCAUCUGAAUCGGAGGCGAGUGUGUAUUCAGACUACACAUCCGCCUCAUCGGAUGAGAACCCAGAUGAUCCGUUUAGCGUAAAACGUAAAGCAGCAAGGCGAGGUGAGAAGGCACUGAUAGCGGAAGAGAAGGAAAGGAGGAGGUUGGAGGAGGAAGAGGAGGCGAGGAAAGAGGAAGAGGAGAUAAUGAGGAGACUAAGGGAGGAGAGGGUUGCUGAGGGGAGACGAGCUACACCAACACCUGAGCCCACCCCUGAACCGACUGUGAUAGAAGAUAAGGAUGCUGAGGCAGAUGAUGAGGGUGACAAAUCUUGAGAUCCUCUUUUCGUGCUCAAUCAGUGAUUGGACCUUAAUCAACCAAGACUCAAAUCAGUUUGCAAUGGCUCGAUCAACCGACAUAGUUUUCAAUUUGUUUGCAUUGUUAUUUGAUAUAAUAUUAUGUGAUCGGGAAGUAGAGUGAUGAUUUAUUUUCAGGAUGUAAAUUUUAAAACUAUUUAGUUUCUUCGCUACAAAAUUACAACAAAUUGAGCCAUCCAUGGCCCCCAUUUGAAUUAAUUGUAUCUAUAAUUUUAGGAUCAGCAGUUGAUACGAAUUUAUGCGAUUAUCAAGUAUUAAUUGUUCGUGUUUUAAAUAUAUUUCUGUUUUUGG